AUGUCGAGAAAGGGAGAGAAAAACAGAAAGAGUAUGUAUUACGAUGAUCAUCUUGCGGCUGCGGAAAAAGAGAUAAGCUCGAGAAAUUUCUGUAAUUUGGUUGAUGCGGCCGUCAUAUUAUAUGUAGAAGAAAAAGAAGCAGACCGUAUAUUAAAAUCCAGCUGCAACACAAAGACAGAGACUCUGUCUGAAAAAGAAAAAGACAUCGACUAUAUAUUCUUCAAUGUCUUCCCAAGAAAAAGAAGAAGUCCGUCAAAGAAAUUUGGCCGAGUACAAAGCUAUGAAACCCUUAAUAAAGCUUCUACCUCUUCACCGCUUUUCGACCUUAACAAGACCCCAGAUGAUUCUGAGACAGAAGCCCCAUCGAACCCUCUUCCAUGUUUUUAUGUAUCUUCUCCUCAAUCGUUUCUCACUGCUCAUCCUUCUUCUUCAACCUUAACAGAGGAGUCAAGCCGCAAGAGACGUGCCCCGCAAGAAAGAAAGCGUAUUACUGGUGGUAAAUCCAAGAAAGUUAGGGUUCCUCCUUUUUCAUGGAAAGGGAGAGCUACUCCAGAGUGGUUGGUCAGUUUAUUGGAAGUAAUGGCAGCAACCACAGGACACCUUGUAAACGAAGGCCCUUGGCUCAUCUUUGAGAAGAAGCUGACCAGUACAGAUGUCGACCCAGCACAGAGCCGUCUCUUGAUGCCGUUCAACAGCCUAAUCCGUAACGACUUCUUGACACCCGUGGAGUUGAGAAUCGUAGCAGAAGAAGAUGAGAAGAACGGAGUUGGGGCGAUGCUAGUGGAUCAACAGAAGAAAAAGUGGGGUUUGAUUUUGAUGAGACGGGAGAUGAUAAAAGGAGCAGGGAAUGGAACCUCGAACUAUGCUUUAAUUUGUGGGUGGAACGAUGUCGUUCAAGAUAAUGGUUUGAAAGAAGAUGACGACAUCAGUGUUUGGUACUUCAGGUGGCGUGAGCGUCUCUGCUUUGCCCUUGUUCUUCCACCUCCUGACAUGGCACAAAGUAGCUCAUCUCCUGUUCUCUGUGUCUGA